UUCCCGACCUCAACGCCUUAACCUCAACGACAACUAAGCACGCGACGACGACGGCGAGUCUGAGCUGCGGCAUUUCGUGGUGAACGAUGGCGACAGCUUCGACACACAGAGCCGCGGCCUCCAUCUCUCAGACUCGCCUCGCUCCCCCGACCCCGGAUGGUAGGCCUAGGCGAAUGACAUCUCCCUCGCUGCCCCCGCCUGCACCGCUCGAUCUCGUCAGUAGCAGCUGUAUGUCAACCACAAUAGUCCCUCUAAUAUUGAUCUGUACAGCCAGAGCCAACGACUCACAGCCGCCACCGCCCUCCUUCGCCGCUGCGCAACGCGGUGACCGCUGAUCCCGAUACAGGCGACAUCAGCGAGAGCGGUUCUGAACACAACUCGAUUGAGUCCCGGGAUCGCUUCCAAUGGAGCGAUGGGGUCAACGCCCCGUCUCCUUCUGUUGCUCAGUUUGCGGCGAACUUUGCCCAGAGGGUCGGCUCGCUCAUGAGUAACAAGUCGAGCACGCAUUUACCCACGGACGAAGAGCUCCUGGCAGAGGCCGAACGCGAACGCGAACGAAGCAGGCGGGAGGCUGAGCGCAUUAUCACCCGUGAGGCUGAGUCGAAACGUCUGGAAGAACGGGUGCUGGCCAUGCUAGACGGCGACAUGCGAAAGCUGCCACCUCCAGUGACGCCGACAAUGUCGUCCACGCCCCCAUCGCCCUCAGGAUCCAACAAGGAAGGCACGAGCUGGCUAUCGGCCUUCAAGAACAAGCUGACUCCGACGAAGGAGCCCCUCACUCCCGCGCAACAGAUCAUUCAAGAGACGAAAGCGCGAGAGAAAGAGAUUGCAAAGGAAGAGAAGAAGAUGGGGAAGGAGAAGAAGGAGAUAGAGAAAGAGAUGAAGAAGGUUGUCAAGAAGCAGAGUCAGCAAAGAAGCGGCGACUGGCCAUCGUCGCCCGAGGGAAAGUUCAAUGAUCCUGUGUUCAUGAAUCUCCACGCGCCUGGUCAAUCAUCGCAGCCUCCAGCUCGUCAGACGACUGGCUCGCCUAUCUCAACGCCAGCUCGCCAAAUCAGCUUGCCACCCAGUCUCGCACCCUCCCCUUUGCGUAACAACGAUGGCCGCUCGACGUCUCCUGGACGCAGUGGUCCCCCGCUCUACGCUCAAUUCACUCCGGAAGGAUCUUUGGAUAUACCCUCUACUUUGCUCACAGUUGCCACUCGCUUCGAGAAACUGGAACGAUGGACUGUCGGGCACGUCCGUGCCCUUGAAGAGCGCAUGGAUGAUGUCGAGCGCUGGCUCGUGGAUAAGGAGAGGGAGAAAGAGAAGGAUAAAGAGUCCCAGGAGCAGUCCAAUGGCACUGCCGUUCAAACCCACCGGACGGGAGAACCGGCCACUCUGGAAGCGGCAAUUGGUGAGCUUCGAGAUGAGCUCGCUGAGGUCCAAGGCCGUAUCGGGGAGCUCGGUCGAGAGAUGGCUAAGAUGGUCACCGCUCCGGGCAACCUUUCUUCAGGCCCGUCUCGUGGCUCUGCCUCCAUUGGCAGGUCGCCGUCUGCAAGCUCUUCAAUUGCGUUGCGUUCGAUGUCAACCUCGGUUUCUACCGCGCCACGGACCUCCACAUCUCCGACGUCUGCCAAAGAGCCCAGCACGUCACCUAUCGCAACUCCCAGUACCUCAUCAAGAACUCGCUUGCCAUACCCUACCGGCGAUUAUGCUACUCCUCCUGACAGUGUGCAUAUUACGCAGGGCGCAUUCUCUCCACCUGCUUCGCCUCCUGACUCUGGUGCUGGUCGUCGGGUCUCCGUCUCGGGGCUCCCGUCUACUGGCUCAGACUACUUUGCUUCCAGUAGCAGCCCUUCUUCCGGACUUCCUACUCGCGCUCUUAGCCCGCCUCCGCUUCCCCCACCGCCUGCUCAGGCUGAAUUGCGCCGUUCGAGCGUGAGCCCUACCCCGAGAAAGCGCUACACUGUCGCUCUGGGCGACUCCAUCAUGUCUGCUUCAGAUCGCGGACGUAGCAGCUCUCGGGGCCCGUCUACCAUCCGUCUGUCAAGCUCACCCGCGUCAAUGUCCACCUUAGCCGAUACUACCGAAGACUCGGACGACGCGGACGACGUGAACGACGAGACAAUUGGUAAGACUGCCGCGCGACGCUCUGGUCUCACGAGAGCCAGGUUCGACGGCAAUGACAGCGACCGUUCCUCGCAGCCGUCGCCUUCUCCCGCGCCAUUGCGUCAAGGCCGUGCGCGCCCCGUGUCGAUGUACAGCACGCCCGUCUCUUCGUUGCAGAACCUCAUUGCACCGACAGCCGUGCGCCCGCUGAAUAUGCGUUCGCGCUCACGUUCACGUUCAAUGGACAAAUCCGCGAUCGAGGCGUCCACGAGCAGCGUCAGCGUCCCGCAAACGCCGUCGUCCGCCCGCUUCGUCGAUCCGCUGAUCGUGCGCCGGCAGACGAGGGAGAUCGAGGCAAGCCAGGCGCCGCCUGCACCCAAGGUCAUGCCCGGCAAGUCCAAGGUGCCUAUCGGGCAACUCGUCGCGUUCUUCGACCAGGAGAAACGGUAGUGCAUUAUGUUCUGUGAAUUACCUUGGUAUGCUUCUACUCUUACACGCUCUCGCACGCUUCGCUUUUCGUCCCGCAAUACCCUCUCUUCGAAUUCGCAGCUGUGGAGGUAUUCACGCUUGGCUGGGGCACCAUAUUCUCAUUUUCUGAGCUGGAUUGUAUUUACGAUCGUUGCACGACCCUGUGUACGACCCCGUUUAUGACCACAUGCAAAACUCCGUUUGCCAUCCCUGGAGGAACUGCAUUCGGGACUCCAUGAACAUGAACAGCCCCGUUUGGCACUCCUUGAGCAGCCGCAUUGGGAAAUCUGGGGUCGUUCAUUGUCGUUGCAUACUGCAUUCUGGUCGCAUUCAGAACCUGUCGCCACCGCUGCAGCGAUUCCCGAGUAUCAUGAGGAUUCACUGUUCAGACGAGAUGAGCAGUCUUAUCGAAGAUUCUCGCCACGAUGCACACACCGUCUAUCCAUUCUCUGAACACCACUUGCCCUGUCAACGGAGGGACAAUUCCGCCGCUGGCUUGCAUCUCGCGUGCCAGCUGCGCAAUGUCCCAGCAUGCGUUCAGGACCCUCUUCAUGGAUCUAUCAUGCACGCCCAUUGCGGUGAGGUUCCAAUGUGCCCACCAGAUCUUGCGUAUGAAUCCGCGAAUUUCGGG